AUGGCAUCAUACCCAAGUUACCAAAUCAAUUAUCCAGUAAGAUCAGGUGAUGAAUUCACAAAUAUUCCUAUACCACAAAAUACAGAAGAAAACAAAGAUAAUAACAUCGUUCUUAGUUAUUAUAAUAACCAAACCCCUAUUAAAAUUGAUCAAUUAAAUAAUGAAUACACUGAUGGCAUGGAAAAGAAUUCUAGUCAACAUAAAAAAGUUAUUUCUAAAGAUGCAACAAAGUGGUAUAAAAAUACUAAAGCCGUUUUAACUGCCUUCAGAUCAAACUUUUUGUUGAUUUUUUUACCUCCUGCUUACAUUAUGAAGAAACUUCAAUUCAACGAGUUUUUGGUGUUUAUCUUUAAUUUUUUGGCAAUCAUCCCUUUAUCUAAAAUUAUGACUGUUGCCAUUGAUGAUUUUGCAACUAGAUUACCUCCA